CAAGAAGCUGUGCUCACGACUAGAGCCUCAGUGAAAUUUAUGACGUGCUUUUUAAAUGUCACUGUUUCAAGUAAAAUACUUUAAUAUGUUUACGGAGUGAAGUGAGAUGGCAUCCUCAUCUUUUGUGACUAGUUAUUUUGUGAUGGCAACAUUGAAGAAGUGAGCCAUCGCCCUGCUAACUGUGUCAUGGCGGUUUGACUUGUUAAAAGUUUUUUUUUGCAAAAACUCACUAGUUAAUGUGCUUUUUAGCGUUUUGAUCUUUGAUUUCAAUUAUUAAUAACACGUGAUACAAAAUAGUUAAUAAUGCGUGAAUAUAAAAUAGUCGUAUUAGGUAGCGGAGGCGUGGGAAAGUCUGCCCUUACAGUACAAUUCGUACAAGGCAUCUUUGUGGAGAAAUACGACCCCACCAUAGAGGACAGCUAUCGAAAACAGGUGGAAGUUGAUGGACAACAAUGCAUGCUCGAAAUAUUGGACACCGCUGGUACGGAACAGUUUACUGCUAUGAGAGACCUGUACAUGAAAAAUGGGCAGGGUUUCGUGUUAGUGUACUCGAUCACAGCACAGUCGACAUUCAACGACCUGCAAGAUCUACGAGAACAGAUCCUACGAGUGAAGGACAAGGACGAUGUACCAAUGGUGCUGGUUGGCAACAAGUGCGAUUUGGAGGCGGAGCGCGUGGUCGGCAAGGAGCAGGGCGGGAAUCUCGCUCGCCACUUCAACUGCGCCUUCAUGGAGACCUCGGCGAAAGCUAAAAUCAACGUCAACGACGUCUUCUAUGAUUUAGUACGACAGAUCAACAAGAAGUCACCCAAAGAGGAAAGAAAAGUGAGGAAGAACCGAGUGUGUCGUCUUCUGUAAGUGUCGCGGAGCCUCAGACGCGUCUAGUUAUACAAUAUUUAAUAAUUUGAAAGACUUCUCGUACCCGGAUUUGGCUCUCGACAGUUCCCAAAGUUAACUAGAUCAGGUGUUGAGCAUGUGGCUUAGCCUCACCUGUAGCAUUUUGAGGAUGUGCAUUUGUUGAGCCGUGUCGUGAUCCAGUGCUGGUGAAGCACGAGUAGAAUAUGCACAGAGCAUCGUGGAUAUAUCCUUAUUCCUACCUGACUAAUUGUAGUUAUUACACAUUUGAGUCUUUGUUUUUUAUAGAAUGAUAUAUUCGAGGAUAGAUUCGACGAUUCUGUGUGUAUUUCACUCUAGAAAUUCCAAAUGUAAUGUGUGGAUGCAGUUCAGAAGUUAAAAAGUAAUUGUAAUUGAUUCCAUGGCAAUCGCAGCGGGUUUCAGCGUAUAUUGUAGAAUAAUGUUCUUCAAUAGGUAAAUGACAUGCAAUAAUUAUUAUAAUUCAUUUAUCUAAUAAUUGUUAAUUAAAGGCGUAGUUGUCAUGGACCAAUAAUUUAGGCCACAAUGCAAAUGUCAUCUUUUCAAAACUAACUAAUGUUGUUCUAUUAAUAAUUUCAAUAACAAUUGCUAAGUUCAGUCAGUCAGCCUGUCAUGCCUUAAACAGGAAAGUGACAACGGUUAUUUACCAUGACAUUAUCUUUCAAGGACAUUGAAAUAUACUCUGAAGUUACAAUGUUUCUCUCCAUUUAAUAAAUUUGUGUAAUGUAAGCGUUAAUGUUCAUUACAUUUAUUGUAGAUACAUGCAUUUAAAAUAUUUGCUUCACUGUCUGAACAUAGCAAUGUACUAAAUCAUGAUUUAUUUUCUAGAUGUCUAGUAAUGUUUUGAUUGCACUAAUGUUAACAAUGAGCCCCAACUUCUGAACGAUAAGUAUGAAAGUUGAAUUAACAGGCUCUGAAGAGACCUGAGAUAUGUGCCAGCAGGCCUGAACCAGCAUGUAAGUAAUGUUUAAUAAUUAAGGAUACAUUAAAUUUUUUCAGAUAUAUUAUUGUCUUGUUAUAUAAUUCAAAUGUAUCGAAGGGAAGUUGAUAAUGCAACGCCGUUUAGGACUUGGUAACCUUUGAACAAAUUAGUGAGCCUUAGGUGAAUGCACCUUGCUGACUUAGUGUCUUCAGUGUCUACCUAGAGUCCUCGUGCCUAUGGUGGCCUCGGUCGCCGAAAUCCUGCGACGGACUAAACCCUCCCCUAUGAAAUUGAUAACUCUAAAAUUUUUAUCGUUAUUGUAAAUGGAAGAAUAAAGUUUUAUGAUUACUGGCUCAUUUAAAUAUAAUUACCUACCUUAGUUUUGCUGCUACAAACUUUGUUUAACUUUAUUAUAUAGGUGUUCAAAUAUCGUUAUGGAUAAGAUAAUUCCUCAAUUUGGAUUUCUGUUAACAUGUAAGGGCGCAUACACAUAUCAAUUCGUUUUAUGGAUCCGUUAAUUGAUGGCUUAUGUAGUUGUAGAAGCGAAUUCACACACAAUACAGUAUUCUGGAUUCAGUAAAAAAUACUGAUCUCACUAAAUAUGCAGCAGUCUACUGGGCCGUUUAAACAUAUACAUUAUUGGCGUAUGUUGUUUUAUCUGCUAGUUCAUAUAAAUGACAGUAUUCUGGAUUCAGCGAAAAAUCCCCCACGCAACAGGAAUUCGUCGAUCCGUUUUAUCGGAUUGAAAUAACGCGAGGCUUGCCUGGCGGGGUAGUGCGUGGUGCGAUGUGCUGCACACGGGUGCCAAUGUGAAUAUUAUAUUAAAUAGCAUCAGAUCCGUUAAAAAUCAAUCCUGUAAAUGCUGUGUGAAUAUUACUUUCAGUAGCGACAGAUCCUGUAAAAACGGACGUUCUAUGUGUACGCGCCCUAAGAUUACUGCACAAGGAUAUUGGUAAUGACUUGAUCUGAGUUGAAUUAUAUUUUUAUAUAUAUUGUGCAAAUUGAGAAACUUGUAUAUUUUUAUCUUUGCAAUCAAUAAUCGACAUGUAAAUUAACUAUUAAUUUCUUUUUCUUUUUGCAAAUUUAUCAAUAAAACCAAUUUUAAAUGUUUUGGGGUAUGCUUAUCGCCCGGCGUGCGGUCGUGCGCCGCCGCCGCGGCCGUCCCGUCCCGCGUCGCAUGUCGCAUGACUCACGUCAGACCCACCGCCCAAUCUGUCCCCUCGAUGAACAAACACGACUUCAAUUGGCUCGGGUAUUUUAAUUGAAUUCAAUUAAUUGAAACAACCAUUAGGAUUCUACAACUAUUUUAUUCACUUGACAUUGUGUAAAAAGUUUCAUAAAAGUUGUGUUACGCUUACAAACUAUGAACGAGAAUAAACUAUAAGUGUCGCUUUUUAAUAAAGUACAUAAAAAAUUAACAUUAUCGGCAGUGUGACGUGGCGGGCGUAUGUCGACAUUCUAGUAACAUAAGAAUUGACACAGUCCAAUGGAAACAAACAAUACAACUUAUGUACCCAACGCUCUACCUACGAAAGUAUGAUGCAAACAAGUGCAGCCCAUGGCGUGUAACAAGGUCUAAUAAAUAGAUCUAGCUCACUAUGGGGGCGGAUGGGCCUAACUAAACUAACACAUAAUUUAUCAACCCUGAACUUCAUAAGGAAAUAGAAAAAGUUUGCUAGAGAUUUUAUUCUACAUUUGCGACAUCUGGGAAUUAGUUCCGCGGAAAUGACGGUCGAAUUUGAUAAUGAGCAUGUUAACUAUUAAACGAGUGACUGGCGAGUCGCUAUCGUUGGAGCUUAUCGUUUAGCUAACAACGGGGUCUGCCAGCGUUACUCUCUGAUAUAGGUGCUACAUGCUGUUUCCAAAUGUUAUUUAUGGGAUUUAUUUGUCUGCUAAUAUUGCACACGAGUUGUUGAUAAAAAUAUAAUCAUAAUUUUAUCACAUGAAUAUUAUGUACCUUAUGAUAAUGUAGUAAUAAGGAUCAUCCAUAAUUUUAUGGGUCUGUUGUUGUAGAUGGAUGUGAAACUGCUUUUUUAAAAGUAGGGUUUAGGAUUACAUAGGUACAUUAUCA